AUGAGGACCCAAGGGCUUCUUUUCCUCUGUUCCCUAGCCCUCGUGCAGGCACAGGGCGAUAAUCAAACACCUACGCUCGACCCGGAUGUUAUCCAGGUCGGAUCCUCCACGGAUGGUUCAGGGUCUCUGGGCGCGAAUGAGGACCAGGCCCUGUCGUUGACUUCCGAAAACAAUUUCAUCAACUUUUGCAAGGGACAAACGCUCACUAAUGGCCUACAAAUCACGGAAGGGUCGUGCAACGGCAUUGUGAUGGGUCAGAUUCCUUCCAUCAACAACAUGAUUUCUGUGGUGAUCACAAAUCCGCAGAGCGGCGACGACAUCGAAUCUGGCCAGGAUUUUGAUAUCGAGGUCCAGACGUCAAACUUGGAAGCUGGAUCCUUCACCAAUGCCGCGGCGACCUACUACGCUGCACCGCAGCAAUUGGAUGGUGGUAACAUUGUCGGCCAUCUUCAUGUCACCGUGCAGGACACGGGCGCGGACCUGAAUCCGACCCAACCCCUAGACCCAACCGAAUUUGCCUUCUUCAAGGGCAUCAACGAUGCUGGUGACGGCCAGGGAAGGCUCUCAGCGGCUGUGACCGGCGGAUUGCCAGCGGGAAACUAUCGGCUCUGCACUAUGACCUCGGCGGCAAACCACCAACCUGUCAUCAUGCCUGUGGCUCAGCGAGGAUCCCAGGACGACUGCGUCAGGUUCACCGUUUCUGGUAAUGUU